AUGUCCGCUUCUCUCCAGACUCUUUACGACUAUAUCCCAAUUUCCCACUCAACUCCCGGGUCGAUAUUUCCUUACACGAUAAAACGCGACGGAGGAGGCUCAGAACCAAGGCAGAUCACCCUCCAGACACCAGACACGCAAGCAAGCAAUUGGUCUUUGCAUGCUUCAUCCAUCUGGCAAUCCUCCAUCCACAUCGCAGAUCACAUCGAAUAUCUGCAGUUGGAUCGCUUCAGCGAUCGAAAGAUAUUGAGUGUCCUGGAGCUCGGCGCUGGCGCUGGGUUGCCUUCGAUUAUGAUCGCAUUGAAUACGCCCAAUGCUGCUGUUGUCGUCAGUGAUUAUCCGGACGAAAAUAUCAUAUGCACACUGUCUGAUAAUGUUCGUCGCAACCAUGCUUCAGAACGCUGCUGGACUGUUCCCUACGCUUGGGGAAGUGAUAUAUCCCCACUCCUCAAGCCCGUCCAGCAGAACCCUGAAGGUUCUGCUCUCUUUGAUAUAAUCGUCGCGGCUGAUACGCUGUGGAAUCCUGAGACCCACGUUCAGUUUAUUAACACGCUCUGCAUGUGUCUCAAUCGCACCCCAGACGCUCGUGUAUAUCUCGUCGCCGGUCUACACACGGGAAGAUACACCCUUCAAUCCUUCAUGAAUGCUGUUGUGAUGCACAAACUUCAGGUAGAAAGAGUGGUGGAGAGGGAGGUCGUGGAUGGUGUUCAAAGGCCAUGGGACGUUACACGCGCUGAGGGUGAGGAUGAAAGGGAGAGACGAAAGUGGGUAGUCUGGAUCAUCCUGAAAUGGGCUUGA